ACAGCACUUCAUUCAAAAGAGGCGUGGGACACUCAACAUAUGGCUGUCUGCAUCUGACGUCAUUCUUUCGUUACCAUGGGAACAAUAUUUCAUCCCCUCUUCCUCCGUAACACUCGAUGCCAGCAAUGAGCCGGUGGCGUGUGAGUGGUUGGUGGGCUGUAUUAUCAAGCAUUAUACAUGCACGCUGCAUCGAGCUCUGUCUUCCCAUUCCUUUCCUGUGAUACUUUGACCUAUUUCAAGAGGCAUUUGGGAAGACACAUCAGCAUGGUAGACGAUGCUUUGUAAAACAUUCGCAUGUGUCGUCUGGCAAUUGAGAAGCAGGAGACCUGAACGUACAGCUGCAGCAUUACCCCAUGCAAUGGAAUGUAUCGCUCGUUAAUUAUUGCACGCCGCGAGAUCUCCCAUGUGCCCUCGCUGAUUGUACCGGCAGCUGAUAUGAUAUUUCCACACAGAUAACGCGUUCCUGUGACUCUAUAGAUACAGGGGCAAACAGAGAAUGGAAGUGACGUUGACAGCUGUCAAGAAUGCCAUGGGACGGCAGCGGACGCGUACCGAGUCGUCAAGUUUCUCUGAUUACGAGGUGCCUACUGUUGAGCAGGCCGGAUGCCACUUCCAUCGCUUGCCCGAGGAACUUCUUGUACGGAUAUUUAGUUUCCUACACCCCGUCAACGAUGGCUUGCCGCUCUAUGCAGGAGUUUGUCGUAAGUGGCGCAAGGUACUUCUUGAAGCUUCAACCGUCUGGCGAGAACUCAACAUCGAGCCUGAAGACUACCGUCCGAAACACUACGCAACCCUUUGUACCAUAUUUACCGUCUAUGGCAGCCAUGUCCAGAAGUUGACAUGGAUGCCUGGUACACGAGUUUAUGAAUCGGUCUUCCUUCUUAUCCCUAAUCUGACAUCCCUUACAGUGCUAAGAUUACCCAUCAUCUGGAAUCGCGGUGUAGUGGACACCUUCUCACCCCUCACCCGUCUUGAAGAACUUCAAAUCAAUGGCGCAUUUGAACUGCAUGAUGAAGACCUUAUCUCUGCAGCUUGUAACUUCCCUGCACUUCGAGACGUGACCUUGAACGCAUGUUGGUUGAUUACCUACAAGGGCAUUGAAGUAUUCCUCGAGGCUCUCCCGAACCUGACGCGUUGCAAGCUUAAGAUCAACGCAGGAUUGCCUAUCAGUGAUAUCCGCAGCGAGCAGGCAAUGUUGCGUGGAAACCAACUAACCCGACAUCUUGAAGAAGGGGUCCGAGGUGCAGCCAUUACAUCCUUGAGCCUUAGUUUCCUGGCUUUAGAGAUGGAUGAACUCUGGGCUGUUGUCAACGCGCUACCAAGACUAAAAAAACUGGUUGUGGCCAACUGCGAGAGACUUCAUGGUGUACGCAUCCAUUCCUCAUCUCUUCAGAAGAUAGUAUUAUUCAAUCUCUGGUCGGCGCUUUUCGUCAGUAUCACUGCACCUUCACUGCGCAUGCUCCACCUCGAUGACGGACUAGAAUCAAACGAACAUGUAGAGAUCUUUGCCGGAAAGCUCAGGGUCUUAGAGAUUGAUGGUGCUGGAGUCUUGAGGAGUAUAAAUGUACAGAGUAAUCGCCUUACUACGCUGCAACUUCGUAAUUGUGAUGUCCUAGACUCUCGUAGUCUCUACAACCUGUUGUCAGAGAAUCCUACCAUAUCAACUCUUCUAAUGGGUAAUGUAUCAACGCCAGAGCUUCUUCUAGACUCGCAGCGAUGCCCUAGCGUACGCAUUGUGUGUCUCCUUCAUGGCUUCAGCAGUGACGUCCUGUCCAUCCGGUGCCCAACCCUCCAGUAUCUGCAGACUGAAGAUGAAAUGGAGCUGUUGUCUUUGAGGCAACUCAUCGUCGCUGCGGAUCAGGUCAAAGACAUUUGCCUAACGGGGUGUCCUGUUCUUCACAACAUAUUGGUCCAAUGUGAAAGCCUGGAUGAACUCGAGUUCAACAUGUGCAGUGACGAGAGGGUAUUCUUAAGGUCGUGUGUGAUCCAAGCGUCGAGAUUUGUUGGAAAGAUACGCCUGUUUGACUGUGCAAUUGCGACCAUUGUUCUCUCAUCACCGUGUAUAUCUAUCCUCAUCUUGUAUCGGUGUAUGAUUGGAGACUACACACUCAAAUGCAUGCUGAAUGCUUGUCCGAACAUCACGCAUCUUAGCUUAGAGAAGUGUCGGAACACCAAGGUUGUGUCGGUACCAAAAGACGCACCCCUCCUGAGGUACUUAAACCUCUUUGGAUGUUCGCAGCUCCAGCACUUAUCAAUAAACAGCGACUGUGUGACGAGAGUGAAUCUCGGACAAUGUUCCGUGUCUCGUGUCCUGUAUCAGGGAAAGGAACUCGAUUUUGCUGAGGAGAAGGUGGCCUUUGAAAACUCCUCCCUCGACGUUGUACUGCCACACCAGAAUGUUAGAUGGAGCCAUGACGCUGAACCACUCGCAUUUGUUGAGUCAUUAUGAUGCUUCAAAGUGUUUCGGCAAUAAUAGAAUAUACUCAUUUUUCUCACUCAUUUCGAAAAGAUUUAUCAAUUUCACGAAGUUAUUGCACAAGCUUAUUUGUCCAGAGGGAGCGUGACUGGGUCGGCCACUGAUGCAAGAACAGCUUUAAUGAGCGUUGUAUUUCAUACUUGAAGAAAAUAUUGAAAUGCGAUCAGUGCUUACGGUUUGCACACUUUCUUGAUUUACAAUAUAUAACAGUUGUAGCCCAAUGCCACACCGUGAACACCUUUCUGGUUUUGGAGCACAAUUAUAAAUAUAGAUGAAACUUUGCACCUUUCAAAUCGGAAUGGUGCAAAAUUGCAUGUGUAAAAGAUGCCCCCGGUAUGGCAGUGCUAAGGGUGCAACAUUGAACCUUUUCCAUUGGGGUUUACACCAUGUGAAGAAGAGAGUCUCAUUGGUUGGCCUAAAAAAAAACAAGGACAAGAUGGGCUUACUUUUAUUAGAGGAGGGGGAGGUGGGCUAUCUAGGGGCAAGGGAACAAGUGCCACAUGUGCAAUAUUCAGGUCAAAAUGGUAACACGAAGAGACUAAAGGGAAAGAAGGGGGAAACGAAAAACAGAAAAUUAUAAAAAAAAAAAUUGAAGAAAAACCAAAGAAUAAACAGGCGUUCAAAGUUCUAAGGGUUAUGAAUUUAACGCUCCAUUCCCAGUGUUAGAUUUUAGAAGGCAAGCACGUACGAGCUUUUUUUU